ACCAGGAUCAAGUAAUGUUAUCAUAGAUUGAUUUUAUCUCCCCUUAAACUUUCUUUCUCUUCUUAUUAAAGCGAAUCGCUUUUUUACUCGGUCUUGUUUGAUCAAUUCUUACAACUUCAAUUCGGAUAGUUCUACAUCGAUUUCUGAUUUGUUAAUCUGCAAAACAACACGGGAAACCCCCUGAUUUCUUAACGUUACCCCAGGAUUACGGUGCCGGCAUCCCUGCUUUAUCUAGAGCUUACGAUAUCAUCAUUACAGCAUCAUGGUUUUCACACCUCCAUCAUGGGUUCCAAAUACGCCAUUGGGUAUGUACAAACUCUUAUUCCUUUGAUUGUGAAUCGUUGAAAGAAACUUUGGAAUUGGAUAGCUAACAAUCCUACCAAAUAGACGUACCAGAUGAUAUACCAAUCAGUCAAUUCAUGCUAAAUGAGAAAUACGGCAGACAACCGUUUAAAUCAUCUCGCAAUCCUUUCACAUGUGGAAUUACAGGAAAAACAUAUACUCUUUCCGAACAGGCGCAGCGCGUUGAGCAUUUAGCAAGAGCUUUAUCGAAAGAAUUGGGAUGGCAACCAAAUGCUGGAACAGAAUGGGAUAAAGUAAUGGGAGUAUUCUCACUCAAUACGGUAGGACGACAUGCUCAAACACACAAACAAACGAGAAACUAAUAAUUUCUUAGAUUGAUUUCAUGACAUUGGCAUAUGCUGUUCACGAAUUGGGUGGAUUAGUUUCACCUGCAAAUGCUCAAUAUUCUGCUGCAGAAUUAGAAUUUCAAUUGAAGUCUUCUGGGGCCAAAGCACUUUUCACGGUAAGAAUCCGUUCCCACAAGAGUUCAAAACGGGCAUUGAUUAAGGAUAGUGUAUACCUUUACUCGAGACUGCUCUUCAAGCUGCAAAGGCCGCAGGUAUCAAAAAUGAUCAGAUAUAUAUUUUGGAUAUGCCCAAGGCUAUUACUGGAGACAAGAAGGUACCAUUUAAAACUGCGGAUGAUUUAAUAUCUGCGGGAGAAAAGCUUCGAAAAUUGGAGCCAUUGAGAAUGGAGAAGGGACAAGCGGCUCGACAGACAGCAUAUUUAUGUUACUCAAGUGGGACCUCAGGUUUUCCCGUAAGUUUAACUAAGUUUGAAUUGGAAAACUUUCAGAAUGAUCGCGCGGACAUCAUGAUUGUCAAUUGAAGAAAGCAGCUAACAAUAUUAUUAGAAAGGAGUCAUGAUCAGCCACCAAAAUGUCAUGUCGAAUGUUUUACAAAUCAAAACAUUUGAGCAGCGCUGUAGAGAUGAAUGGGAUGAGGGCACACAAGUAGGCUUAGGUCUUCUCCCCCUAAGCCAUAUUUAUGGCUUAGUUGUCAUAGCCCAAAGUACAACUUACCGCGGUGAUGAGAUAAUUGUCCUUCCCAAGUUUGAACUCAAAUCAUUCUUGAAUAGCAUUCAAGCCUACAAAAUUCAGUGUCUCUUUUUAGUAAGCAUCAUGUACAUGGAAUGUGGAAGUUCCAAGCUCAUUAUUACCAGGUCCCUCCAAUCAUUAUUCAAAUGGUAAACAAUCAAUCCGUGUGCUCGAAAUUUGAUAUGAGUAGCGUUCGAGGUAUUUUUACAGGAGCAGCGCCUCUGGGCGUGGAAACAGCCCAAGAUUUACAGAAGAUCUAUCCUAAAUGGGACAUUAUUCAAGGAUAUGGUACCUAACUUUACUCUUUUGAUUAGACGAAACAAAUAUCUAACAUAACUUAUAGGUCUCACCGAAACAUCAACCGUAGUUUGCAUGACUUCCGGAAAAGAUCUUUGGCUUGGAUCCUGUGGCUCACUACUCCAAGGAGUUCGCGUAAAAUUAGUCAAUCCAGAAGGCGUUGAAGUUACUGGCCUUAACGAGCCAGGUGAACUGGUAGUACAAUCAAAAUCGGUAGUUCUUGGAUAUCUCAACAAUGAAAAGGCAAAUCAAGAGACAUUCAUUGCGGAUACAGAUGGAAAUGGAAGAUGGAUGCGUACGGGGGAUGAAGCUGAGAUUCGCUUGAGUCCAUCAGGAAAUGAACAUAUUUUCAUUGUUGAUAGAAUUAAGGAACUCAUCAAGGUCAAGGUAAGAUCACAUCAGCUUUUGUCGUCCGAUUCCCUGACCGCAUUCAACUUACACAAAUGAAUAGGGUCUCCAAGUUGCACCUGCUGAGCUCGAAUCUCAUCUCCUAUCCCAUCCUUCGGUCGCCGAUUGUGCAGUCAUUCCUAUCCCUGACGAUGCAGCUGGUGAGAUACCUAAAGCAUAUGUUGUCAAAUCUACAUCAGUGGGUAUAGAAGAGAAUGAUUUGAUGGUGAAAAAAGAUAUCAUGAAAUGGGUAGAAAGCCAUAAAGCGAGGCAUAAGUGGUUAAAGGGCGGUGUAGAGUUUAUUGAUGUUAUUCCUAAGAGUCCUAGUGGAAAGAUUUUGAGGAGGUUAUUGAGGGAUAAAGAAAAGGAGGCGAGGAGAGUUAAGGGUGCCAAGUUGUGAGGUGGUGGCCGCCGUGAGAGUAGACGUUAGAGGGAGACACGUCCGAGAGAGGGUUAGAUGUUGUAAUAAGAAAGUUCUAGUGAAGAACUUUUUAAUAAUGUAUCUUUAUAUACAGGAGGGUAAAUACGUUUAUGUAUAGCGGGAUAAA